AUGAAUUAUGUAAAACUGUCCUUGCAUUCUUACCCUGUCAAGUGCUAUGGAAAAACAUACAAAGUAUCAAACACUUUAAAACUUAAAGGAAUAGGUUUGAAGAGUUUGGACGAAGAAGAAAUACGAAAUAUCUUUAAGAAACUUGACAUAAGAUGUAUGGCUUACUUAGUUGACAAGGAAGACAUCAUAUACUUGGAAUUUUACAAAAAGAAGGAAUGCUCGCAGAUAUUUAGCUUUUUCAAUAAAAAUGCUGUAUUGAUGAACAACAUAACUGUUAAAGCAGAAUAUGUAAACAUAAGAUAUAAUGUUAAAGAAGAUGCUCCUAGUGUGUAUGUAAAGGAUUACACUGUGUUAACCAGAUGCAGCAGCGAUGGUAUUUCCAUUUAUAACGAUGCAAUUGAUCAGAAGCAUUCUGAUGAAAUUAUUCGAAAUUAUGAAAACGAAAGUUGGCUUAAGUACACAAAUAAUAAUGAGAUCAACGUGGGACAUUACUUUUGUCGGAGUACACCGAACAAAAUUUAUAAGUCUUACUGCAUUAAGGAAUUUACAGCAUUUUUUUCUCCUGAGUUUUUAAAGCAUAUUAUAAGUUUAUUAAAUAAUAAACAACCUAAUCAGGUUUCCAUUUUGAAAUGUCAUACCAAAAAGUCUAUCGAGUACGUCAUCGAGUCGAGUUACAUAUUUGAGGAUGAAAUAGCCUUCUUAGUCCUACACAACGAAUUGCCAAUGUCCUUCCUUGAUAUCAUGAAUGAAAGAAAAAUAAACUUGUUAAUGCCAAAAAAUGCCUUGCUCAGAAUUAAAGGCAAAUUGAGAUAUGAAUUUCUAUUCGGAGUUCCAAAGAAAAAAACAAUAAAUCUGGAAGACACAGUUGUAGACCGAAAGGACAGCUUCUUACUCAUUUUUCGAUAUAUCAACGAAAACAACUUAAAAAAUAUGUUAAUUCAAAAUAGCUACAAAAAGGAGAUUAUUAAAGACGAGAAGCAGGAAAAAACGUGUAUCCCAAUAAAUGUAAACGAUUACACCUCUGAUAGUUUGGAAAAGACGUACGUCCUUGAUGUUUACAAUCAAAUAGCUCAACAUUUCUGUUAUACCAGAUACAAAUCGUGGAAUAAUGUGGAGAAUAUUAUUAAUGAAGAAAAGGAAGGUAAUGUUAUCUUAGAUGUUGGUUGUGGAAACGGAAAGAAUGUAAAAGGAUCAUGUAAAUAUUUUUUUAUAGGUUUAGAUUUUAGCUAUUAUUUAUUAAAAUUAGCUCAGAGAAAAUGUAACACGGAUUUAUUUUUGGCUAACUGUGUUAAUAUACCCUUAAAAUCAAGCGUAGCCGAUCUAUGCAUCUCUGUGGCGGUUAUCCAUCAUAUUGGCACGCACGAAAAGAGAAAACGAGCUGUGUCCGAGAUGGUACGAUGCACCAAAAUUGGCGGAAGGGUUUUAAUAUACGUUUGGGCUUACGAGCAGCAAGAAAAUGUGGUUGGAAACAGGAAAUUCGAUUCCCAAGAUAUCUUUGUGCCAUGGUAUUUGCAACCCAAUCACAAAAUAGAAGCGAAUGAAGAACAAAUCCAACAAUGUCAGCCCGUAAAAAAAGACCUUUUAAAAUUGCAGAGAUACUACCACGUUUUUAAAAAAGAGGAGUUGUAUGAAUUAUGUCAAAGUAUAAGAGGAGUGUUUAUUGAAGAUUUCUUUUUUGAUUGUAACAACUGGGCAGUUCUACUACGAAAAGUUUGUUAA